AUGGAUCAGGCAAAUACUCCCCAUCGUGCUUCGAAGUCGAAGGGGAAGAAGAAGAGCAAACAUACUGGUGGACCUAAUCCCAAGGCGUUCGCGUUCGCAAACCCUGGAAAGCUUGCAAAGCAGGCGAAGAGAAGUCAUGAUAUCAAAGAAAGGAAGCUUCACGUCCCUCUGGUGGACCGUCUUCCUGAGGAAGCACCGCCCAUUGUCGUCGCCGUCGUCGGACCUCCUGGUACUGGCAAAACUACACUCAUCAAGUCCCUCGUUCGUCGCUAUACAAAACACACCCUAACAUCUAUCGCCGGCCCUAUCACCGUCGUAACCUCCAAAAAGCGACGUCUAACCUUUCUAGAAUGCCACCCUUCCCUCCCCGCCAUGAUCGACACUGCCAAAAUCGCUGACAUUGUUCUCCUCCUCAUCGAUGGUAACUUCGGGUUCGAAAUGGAAACAAUGGAGUUUCUGAACAUCAUGUCCUGCCAUGGCAUGCCCUCUAACAUCUUUGGAAUUCUCACUCACCUCGAUUUGUUCCGUUCACCGGCAACCCUACAAACUGCGAAAAAGAGAUUAAAACAUAGAUUCUGGAGUGAACUGUACCAUGGUGCCAAGUUGUUCUACUUAAGUGGUGUUAUAAAUGGGCGGUACCCUGAUCGAGAGAUUUUGAAUUUAUCGAGAUUCAUCAGCGUUAUGAAAAAUCCUCGGCCGAUUAUUUGGCGAAAUACACAUCCAUAUAUGCUCGCUGACCGGAUGGUAGAUCUCACGGACCCUGCGAUGAUCGAAGAAAAUGAAGACUCUAAUAGAACGGUGGCGGUCUAUGGAUACCUUCGAGGCACGAAUUUCCCAGCAGUGGAUGGGAGAGUACAUAUUCCCGGUGUGGGGGAUUUGCAAGUGGCAAGCGUGGAGGGACUAGCGGAUCCGUGUCCAACACCGCAGGCUACCCAGAGGAUGGAGGGUAAAGAAGGCUCGAAGAGAAGGAGAUUGGGCGACAAGCAAAAGCUAAUAUUUGCGCCGAUGAGUGAUGUCGGUGGUGUCUUGGUGGAUAAAGAUGCAGUUUAUAUUGAUGUGAAGACGAGUAACUUCAAUAAUGGCGAAGAAGGUGAUGGUGAGGAAGCCGGAGAAAGAGACGUGGGAGAGAGAUUAGUGGUUGGGUUGCAAGGAAGACAGAAUUUGCUUGGUCAGGGGACUGCACAAGACCGCGACGGUGGUGUACGGUUGUUCAGCAAUGGGGCUUUGCUCCGCAACGCUGAUGAAUCUGGUGAUGCUGGGCGGAAGAUGAAGCGGUCAGGGCGGGCUAUGGCCAAUGGAAACGAAGAUGAUGAGGGUUUCGAGAGUGGGGAGGAUGAUGAAGAUGAUGAAGAGGAAGACUUUGAUGAAGAAGGAGACGAUGGUGAUAGUGACGAGGAUUCCGAUACCGAGGACAUGUCGGGAGACAAUGGUGUUAAGCUGCAAAAGAAAUUUGCGUCCCUCAAUAACUCCGAAGGUGGAGACGAAGACAUUGCGUUUGCAGACAGCGACUCUGAUAUUGGUUCUGUAUCUGAUGUAUCCGAACAAUCUUUCGACGAUGAUGAGAUGCCUUCUGAUGAAGACGAGGAGCUUGAUUCAGAUAUGGAGGAUGAGGAUGGAAAUGCUCGGUGGAAACGAAAUCUCACAGAUAGAGCUGUGGAAAUGUUCAAGAAUAGUUCAAAGAACAAGAAAAAGAACAUCAAGGAGCUUGGGAAGCUAUUGUAUGAUGAAAACGUCAGUUUGUCGAACGUCGCGAAGCUCUGGCGCGGAGAGACAAUCGAAGAAGAGGAAGAAGAGGAAGAAGAAGCUGAAGAAGAAGAUUUCUUCAAGAAGGCAAAGGAUUUGGGCGAAGAUGCCUCUGUGGUAGUUGACCGUGGCAUGCCAAGUUAUGAUAUCGACGCACUGGAAAAGAAGUGGAAGGAGACAGAAGCUGAUAUGGAGGAUCUGCGAAGAAGGUUUAUUACUGCAAAUCUUCUCGACGAACAGGAGAGGAGAGAGAACGGAGAUGAGGAUAUGGACGAUGACGACUUUUCUGGCUUUGGUUCUGAUGAGGGUGAUGGUGAAUUCGAAGAUCUGGAAACAGGAGAAAAAUCUGGUCCAACGGAUAAACCUGACGAACCCGAGGAAAAACUUACGAUUGAACAAGAAAGAGAGAAAAACGCCCGCAAAAAGGAAGAACUAAAGCUCCGUUUUGAAGAAGAAGCAGACGAGGGCCAACUGGGGCAAGAAGACAAGGAGGAAUUCGGCGAGGAUGAGUGGUACGAGGCCCAAAAGGCCAAACUUACCAAACAACAAGAUGUCAACAAGGCAGAACUGGAAGAUCUAGAUCUAAACACCCGUGUCCGAAUCGAGGGCUUCCGUCCCGGAACAUAUGCUCGAAUCGUCCUCUCUGGUGUUCCCUGCGAAUUCGUUCAGCAUUUCGAUCCAAAACAGCCAAUCCUUGUCGGUGGUCUUACACCUACGGAAGAUCGAUUUGGAUUUUUGCAAGUCCGAAUCAAAAGACAUAGAUGGCACAAACGGAUUUUGAAAACGAAUGAUCCGCUGAUAUUUAGUCUUGGUUGGCGACGAUUUCAGAGUAUUCCUAUCUACUCUUUGAGCGAUUCUCGAACGAGGAAUAGGAUGCUUAAAUACACUCCUGAACAUAUGCACUGCACGGGAACAUUCUACGGGCCAUUAAUCGCUCCAAACACCGGCUUCUGCUGUGUAAACAGUGUUUCAAACGAAAACCCCGGUUUCAGAAUCUCCGCUACCGGUGUGGUAUUGAACGUCGAUGAGGGUACAGAGAUCGUCAAGAAACUUAAGUUGACGGGGUACCCCCAAAAGAUCUUUAAGAACACUGCAUUCAUCAAGGACAUGUUUACAUCGUCCCUUGAAGUUGCAAAGUUCGAAGGAGCGGGUAUACGCACUGUUUCUGGCGUUAGGGGACAGAUUAAACGGGCCUUAAGUAAACCGGAUGGACACUUCAGAGCUACGUUUGAGGACAAGAUCUUGAUGAGUGAUAUUGUGUUUUUAAGAGCAUGGUAUCCGGUUAAGCCCAAGAAGUUUUAUAACCCGAUGACAAACUUGCUGGGAGAGGGAGGAUGGAAGGCUAUGAGGUUGACGGGACAGGUUAGAGCGGAGGAGGGAGUAGCAACGCCAUUAUUGAAGGAUUCUAAGUACAAGAAAAUCGAACGGCAAACAAGACACUUCAAUCCUCUGCGGGUACCGAAGGCAGUUCAAGCAGAACUCCCAUUUAAAUCCCAAAUCCAUGCUAUGAAACCGCAGAAGAAGGAGACGUAUAUGCAAAAACGGGCUGUGGUUUUGGGCGGAGAAGAGAAGAAGGCAAGAGAUCUGUUGCAGAAGCUGCAGACUAUGAGGAACGAAAAGGUAGAGAAGAGACGGGAGAAGAAGGAGGAGAAGAGGAAGGUUUACAGAGCGAAGGUGGCUGAGAAUAUGGAGAUGAAGGAAGCUAGAGAGAAGAGGGAAGGAAAGGAGUUUUGGAAGAAAGAGGGGAGGAAGAGGAAGGGGGACGAUGAGGGAGGACAGGUCAGUAAGAGUAAGAGGCGAAGGCAGAAGGGAGAUGAUGAGUGA